CACACACAAUUCCAUGCGGCCACAAAGAUUUGGGAAAUCUGUAUCGAGCUGAUUAGUCACCCCAACGCAUGCCUAUCGCACGGAAGAGGUUGUCGCCGCCCUCCCUGGCGUGCCCUAAUCCUCCUACAACGUGGCCUUGGUUAUAAAAGGACGGCCUCCCGUGCUGGACGCUCAAUCAUACAGGAAAAACUCUCAUCUGAUAGCUGAAUUUGCUCUUCUAAUAUCUCCAUUGAAGCAUCGUUAGCGGCCAAACUUUGUCAAAAACUCUUUCUUUCCGGGAAUCCCGAACCAUCCCAGCUACUAUGUCUAGUAGGCAGAGGGUAGAGUUUAAGACCCUCGAUGGGCUUACUUUGAGGGGAGAUCUCUAUCCAGCUGAAACCCGUGGGCCGGCCAUCAUCAUCACCCCAGGGUUUCAUCUCGUCAAGGAGAUUUUGGCCGGCGACAUCGCGUUACAGUACCAACGCAACGGCGUCACCGCACUGGCUUAUGACCCCCGUAACUACGGUGAUAGCGACGGUCAACCACGCAACCAUAUAGACUCUAUCCGCAACGUCACUGACUACAGUGAUGCACUUACAUUCCUCAAAGGUCUUCCCAUGGUCGAUCCCAAUAAGAUCGCGUUCUGGGGAGCCUCCUGGAGCGGUGCCGUCGCUCUAGGGGCGGCAUCCCUCGACCCGCGCGCCAAACUCGUCCUCUCCGUGUGCCCCAUGGUCCAAGAUAUCAACCCCUCCCCAGCCUCCAUGAAAAUGUUAAAGAAUGCCAUGAAGGACCGGGAGUCGAUUGUCAGAGGCAACCCACCCUUCUAUGUGCCUAUAGUCAACGAGGAGGGCAAAAACCCCGUUGGUUUCGGCCCUGCCUACUCCAAGGACGACUAUGAACUGUCGCAACGCGCUCGCAAUAGCGUGGCGCCUAAUUUCAGCCCCGAUAUGACCCUUCAGUCAUACUUCCAGUUGGUACAGUAUGACCCUGUGUCCACUAUGCGGUUUCUCAGUCCAAACACUGCGGUAAUGCUCCUAACCCCCGAACUCGACGAGAUUUCGCCCGCCCACCUGCAGAAGCAGAUUUACGAUAACGUGCCGGGGCCGAAGAGAUUAUUCUGGGCCCCGGGCCAGCCACAUCGUGGUGUGGUAACGGGUGACUAUGCGGAGGAGGGUCUGCAGAAGCAGAUUGAGUAUUUAUGGGAAGUCUUUGGGCCGAAACCCUGAUUAUGCCAGAUGGCCGGAUGAUGUGGUGGUAAUUCGACUCCCACAGCUACCAAGGCCAUGUUUCGAGGAGGAUACGAAAUACUAGACAUACUAGACAUGCAUCAAAUGUAUUCGAUAUAAAAUACCGUUGCCUGGUUAGAUAACGAAAGAAAAAAGAAAAAAAAAGUUGUGCUUAUAAAAGUUGUAAAAAAAAGCUGAUCUAGUCAAAGUAAGAUGAUCAUCAGCAGCAGCAGGAGCAUUAAAACUAAAUUGACACGAGGACGGGUACUUCAGGAUAGUAUUGGCAGCGCAAUGUAAUGCCAUCUGAAAGAUGUCUUUGUCAGAUUGAACUACUAUGUCAAUGACUAGAGACUCAUGAUAGCUGAUUUCAA